UUCAAGAAAUGUGGUUCAGGGCCCCUUUAAUUUAUAGUAGUGAACACGAGCUAUUUACAAGCGCCAAAAAUGCUCACUUCUAUUUUCGUGCCUUGUAGGAAUAAAUAACUUGCCUACUUUUUUAUGCAGAUCCCCUACACAAAGUGCAAGAACUGGCAGUCAGGGUGUUCAGAAAUUUUGAGCCUGGAUUGCAUGGCCGCUCAUGAAAAGUUCCAUACAUUUCGAUUCCCUACACCCGGUGUAGGAAUUGGGCAGCGGGCUGUACUGCAAUAGCCAGGCUGGACCUGAUGGCCAGCCAUGAAGCCACAUGUGGCUUCCGCCAGGUCCGUUGCAUCUAUAGAAGCUGCGGCUGGCUCUGCUGCUUAAACCAGCUGGCCGGCCACUUGGUGCAUCAACACAGCGUCAACGUGAUUGCAGUUCAGGAGGACCGCGCGGAGCUCGUCUUGGAAGAUCCCAACAACAAAGAAAACAGCAUGCGCAUGGUCCUCCUGCUGCAUCAGGAGAGCGUGUUUGCAGUCACCUACGAGCGGACUGGCCCGUUCUACACGGAAGCGAAACUCAACAUCGUCACGCUGACUCCUCGUUGUGACGAAUAUGAGUUUGAGAUUAUUCUUCGUGGGCCCUCUGGUGUGAACUCAUGGCGGUCAAAGGCACUUGCAUGUGGAACACUCGAAGACACAUCCGUGGGGCUCACCGAGUCAUUUAUCAACAAGAUGGCUCCCCACGGACUCCUAAGAAUGGAAAUUGAAUUGACGAAAUCUGUCAUUUAAAAAGGACGAGGGUAUUUCGUGUCUUGCAUAUGGACAGAAACCUGACAGCGUGACGUGGUCUGACCCCUCAGUUGAAGAAAGCUGCGUUCCAUCGCCGUAUUUUCUCAUGUGGUAUCAUUUCUGUAUGCAGGCAAGCUGUUUCCCUAUAGCAAAAACCAGCGUCUUCCAGUGCCUUCCAGUGUGAAACCAGCGCGUUUUUUGAAACUGCAUCGCAAUGGGUACCCUGGCGCUCGCUGGGACUCAUUGGAACAUCAGUGAGAACGCUGGAUAAGAGUUUAGUCACACUGGAAGAGACGCUGAUUCCACUGCCAUGACGCUGGGGCGCACUGGCUUGUGCUGUACAGGCGCUGGUUCUCGCUGCAGUUCUCAAUAUAAAAUGUUUGUACAAUUUCAUCGCUUGAUACUAGUCUUUUGUCCUAAAUAACGCUAUACCUUCUGGUCAUAAAACUUUAUUUCGUGUCGCAGUUUGCAAAAAGGUGGGUGAGCUGCACUGUUUAUUCAUGCACAUUUGACACUGAAGAUCACUUUCGUUUUUUGAAUUUUCCCUUUUGACUGUGCGUAUAGCUGAAUUGUUGAACGAAACCCCGCAAACGCAGAGAACACCACGUUUUUUAGUAGUUUGCACGUAACAUAUGACUGGGAGUUGUCGCCGUUGUCACAGUGUUGUGGUGUGGCCAUGGACUCCAGAAGUCGUUCAGACGCGCUCGAACGGACCCAGAGUUCGAAGCCUACCGCUGACUGACAUUAUUGCACCGAUAACAAAGCUGAGGUGAUUCGCGCGCUUCCACUUUUCCUAUUGUAUUAAAAAAAAAGUCCUGAGGCUCAAAUACACAAAUAUUAACUUUCGCCAGCUACCCGCGCCGAGAUUUGUUCCCAGCGAAGCUUAGGCCUAGUGUAUCCGCCCAGUCUGUCUGCACGCUAUCGGCGCGUCUAGGCACAGGAAUAAAGAAGUCUAGCAAGGAUAAAUCAUCGGUGUUCUGAAAUGAACCAUUUUUUCAUGUCUACAGUGCCAGCAGAAGAACCGAUGACCGCCGAUGUGACGCGUCAUAAGCACAAUUAUAUCUGCUGUCGCCGAAGGCUCUCAGCACUAGCCUGCGCUUCUCUGACGAAUAUAUAAAAAUAGACGUGUUGACUGAAAGGCAUCAUUGAAAUAAGGAAACGUUGCAUAUCCUUCACGUGAAAAACAAGAAACGGCUAUCCAAAUCGGCAGUAGUAGACCAUACAGGGUCCCGGGUCCGCGGUUCAUUAAGGACCUUUUUCGAAUUUAAAAUACCAAUCGCCAGCGAAAAUCGAUGUUGUGGCACUUCCGACCAUGCUACUGAAUACGGACACCAAAUGUUUCUUUGUAGUACAGGCGUGAGCUUUACGUGUUGGGCGAUAACGCAUCUGCCAUGUCUGUGGGAGGCGUACCUCUGCGAUACUAAAGCUGUUGUUGUUGUUGUUGACCUAUGUGGCCGUGGCAAGCUGCUUCGUGAUUUCGACACGGCAAAUUAUCCGUUCACUUUCACCUGCUGGCGUGGCGCAGCGGUGAAGUACCGUGUUUGGGCUCUGUAGGUCGGGCGAUAAAAUACUGGCUGGAGCACUUUUAUUUUUACGUUCUUUUUCCUUUUUUUAUUGCACUAAAACGCUCUCUGUUGUUUUCUUUUUGCAAAAAAAUAUAUACGGUCUCCAGGCACCGCGUAUUUAACAAGCUAGAGCUGUUUCUCACACCAGUAGCCAGCGCCUCCCAGUAUAUAUGCUGCGCCUGCCCAGCGCCCCAGCAUCAAGCGCGCGGCACUGGGCCCUUAAUCCGGCGCACUGGAUACUGGGUGCUGGGUUUUGCAAUAGGGUUUUUAUACAAAGUCUAUGCGUGUGUGAAGAAUAAAAUAAAAUAUAUGUGAAAAAGUUAUUUUACAGGGUGAAAUGAUAAGUAUGAACACAGCAGCAGGGCGCAAAGAAUUUCUAAGAAGUAACGUGGAAAUACAGACGCCAUUUCAUAAACGUGCCUUAUGUACGUAUCAUCCCUAACCGUCAGGAAUUGCAUAUGGCACAAGAGAAAAUCAUUCAAUGAUGCACCAAACUGACGUUUCGGCCGCACAAUAUAAAUAAAAAAAGUGAAAAGUAGGAACGCGCAUGGUAGCUUGAAAUGCGCGUGCGCACCUGUUGAAGUUGGUCGACAUGAUGUCAAAAUGCGUGCACGCGCAUUUCUAGCUGUGAUGCGUCCCUACUUGUCAAUUCUUUUUUAAUCCGCUUUUUUUCUGUCUUUUUUUAUUGUGCUGCCGAAACGUCAGUUUGGUGCACCACUGCCUUCCAACCAUGUUGGGGUAUUGACCAUCUUCAAGGUCGCAGCAGCGGCAACCCCUCUCAAACCUGUCACACGGACUGCAUCUGCCAUAGUUCCUUGCGGACACGACGGAAUGUGCACCUCUUGACGCAUGGGUCAUUCACAAACUGCUUACCCAUUUAGGUUUCCUUGGUUUUUCUUCUGAUUUCUUUUUUGUCUGUCGCGCAAGUUUGUAUUCAUGGUUGAUUUCGUUGAUUUCAACGUGAGGCAGUGUAUGUGCUGGUAUUUUUGACAUCACUCCAUUCCUUUGUUAUUUUUCUCUUUUUUUUACAAGCGUAAUUUCGUAAAGUUUGUAUUCCCGUUUCUGUUUCCUCUCGCUGGCUUCUCUGUCUCCUUACUGAGAAAAUGUACAAAUUGAGCUCUCUGUGCUUGGUGUCACACUCUUGAUGAAGGGCGUAGCCUGGCGGUAACGUCAGUAAAGUCAUGUUAUUUCUUCUA